CCUCCCCAGACUACGGAAAACCACGAGCAAAUAGCCUCUAGUUUUUCUUCCUAAACAUUUGGCUUUCUGAUCCAUCCCUAUUUCCUAUCCUAUAAAUAUAAGCAGCCCCUUCACUUCAGCAUCAACAACAAAUCCACAAAAUCACAGUGUGUCUCUCUUACAUAUAUUCUUCUUCAAUUUCAACGCUCAAUAUUCAAGAUUCUAGUAUUUGCAAAGAUGAGUUCAAGUAGAAGAGCAUGGAUUGUUGCAGCUAGUAUUGGAGCUGUGGAAGCACUGAAGGACCAAGGUAUCUGCAGAUGGAACUAUGCUGCAAAGGCGGUUGUGCAGCAUGCCAAGAACUACGUGAGGUCAGCUUCACAGGCCAAGAACCUCUCCUCUCAAUUGUCAGCUGCAAUUUCCAAAGGACUGAGGCAGUCUAAACAAUCAGAAGAGUCUUUGAGGACUGUCAUGUACUUGAGUUGCUGGGGUCCCAACUGAGCCAUCUUAACUCUCAUUAGAAGCUAGUAUGAACAUCCUUUGGGUGAAUCAUUGAUUCGUCAGUUCAAGCUUUGGACAUUAAAGAGAAGGUUUUAGGACGGAGCGAUCAAAUAUAGUGGGGCAUGGCUGGGCAGCAAGUGUUGGAGCCGUUGAGGCUUUGAAAGAUCAAGCAAUAAAGGUCACUUAGCCAACAUGUCAACAGCAAUCUCAGAUCAGAUUCUCAAGCCAAGAAGCUUUCUUCUUCUGCAACUGUUCGAAGCAGACUUUUUGAUGAAAAAACUAAGCAGGCUAAGAAACUUUGAGGAAAGCAAUAUUUCUUGAGCUGUUGGGGGCCUUGCUGACACUGAUGGUCGUUCUAUUAUAUAUAUAUGCAUAUAUGAAGUUGUAGUGUGUUAGAUUUUAGUCCUUGAAAAUGGAGAAGGGAUAUGAAAAUUGUAGUAUUGAAUAGCUGUGAAAGCUACUUUUAAUCAGAAGAAAAGGAGCAAUUUUGUCAA